GCCCGCGGGAGCUUCCCGGAGCUUUCCUCCUCGGACGCCGCGGGAGGGAGGAAGAACCUGCCGGGCUACAGCGGCGUCACCCUCCUCUGUCUCCUCCUCCAUCUCCAUCCAUUCUGGCCCCAUCAACGCCGCUGCCGUGGGGCAUCGCUGCCCGGCUGACAGGGCGAUGAGGCGUCCCGGUCCCCCACCCAGGCGGCUGCUGUCCUACCCCCCGCGUGGGAUAUAAGGAGAAGGAUCCACUCGGAGGAAGCUGCUUUUCCCCAUCUCGGCUGCUGCCGCAGUGGAAGGUAAAAGGCAUCGGGGCGCAAGGGAUCGUGCGCUCGCGCGUUUGGGUUUCCCUUCGGGUUAGAAUGGCAAGGGUUCUUCUCCGCGCGUAAUCGUUACGCAGCUGGAGAGAGGAGAGCGCAGCAACCCGGCUGCCCGCAAGGUUGCAUCUCCCUUCCGAUGGCUUGCAGGCGAUUUGCAAAGAGCUGCACUCUGAGGAUCGCGGGGGGGGGGGGUGUUGCUUUUUGACCUGUGGAGAGAAGAUCUGGCUGGGGAGAUUCUGCUGGGUGGGAUGUGUUGGUGUGCCUGUGUUCCUGGGUGUGCGAACACAGAGGGUCCUGGAGUUUGGAGCUCCACAGCGGGCUGCCCCAACUUGGCGCCCCCCAGAUGUUUGGAACCGAUGGGGCCGAUGGUGGAUGUUGGGGUUCAAAGCUUCCGGGGUGGGGGUGCGGGCACCAGGCUGGCUGAGGCUUGACCUAGGGAAAGCCUUCGUGUAUGGAUGGUUGAGUGCCGCUUGCCCAAGGACAUGGAGACAGAGGCUAGCAAUCGACCGGACCACGCAGCGAAUGCGCCUUAGGAAGGUGGAGCGUUGGCAACAUUUUAAACGUGUGUUCGGAGCUGAGAUUGGUUUGGUGCUUUUCCCUGAAUGCAAAGUCGCGGUCUUUGGUUUUUUCAGCUUGGACAGACGCUGCAUCUUUCUUUAGAAAGCAUGGUGCUUACAGAUGGCAAUGAGCAACAACUAGAUAUGUUUUUAAAAAUAGAGAUUUCCUUUCCUUUCCUUUUUUUGUGCGUGUGUGUGUGGGGGGGUGGGUACUGAGCCAUGUACAGUGGUACCUCGGGUUAAGUACUGAAUUCGUUCCGGAGGUUUGUUCUUAACCUGAAACUGUUCUUAACCUGAAGCACCACUUUAGCUAAUGGGGCCUCCCGCUGCCGCUGCGCCGCCGGAGCACGAUUUCUGUUCUCAUCCUGAAGCAAAGUUCUUAACCCGAGGUACUAUUUCUGGGUUAGCGGAGUCUGUAACCGGAAGUGUAUGUAACCUGAAGCGUAUGUAACCCGAGGUACCACUGUAUAUGGAAUCUUGCAGGCCUUGCUUCCCAAAAGGUCUGAUGCAGGCAUAGGUAAACUCGGCCCUCCAGAUGUUUUGGGACUACAGCUUUCAUCAUCCCUGACCGCUGGUCCUGUUAGCUAGGGAUGAUGGGAGUUGUAGUCCCAAAACAUCUGAGGGCCGAAUUUGCCUAUGCCUGGUCUAAUGCCUCACGGAAGAUGCCUAUGUACUGUGGCUGCUGCCUGAGGCUACAUUUAAGCAAUUUCAUGUCUAUGGCUUUGGCUUUUGAGAGUGUGCACUUUCUCUUCCUCCCUCCCUCUCUCAUGCACACACCCCUCCUAUGUUUCUCUCUCUCUCUCUCUCUCUCUCUCUCUCACACACACACACACACACACAGAGGCAGUCCCCACAUCAUGCACUUUCUCUCUUUCACAUCCACAGAGAUAUUUCCGGCAGGCACGCUGCCUGUCCCGUGCUGUUUCAGGCUCACGUCCUCUCAUCUGAAAAGAUUCCCAUAAUAUGUGCAGUUGGAAAGCUUUGUCCUUCUCUAUAAUAAACACACACCAACUUACACAUGCAGGAAAACACAAACAAUGUAUCUCUAUAUUUUGUUGGAAGCCACCCAGAGUGGCUGGGGAAGCCCAGCCAGAUGAGCGGGGUAUAAAUAAUAAAUUGUUAUCAUAAUAUUAUUCUGCCUCAUACAGGUGUGCAACUUCUGCUUGGUGUUAUUUCCUUCCUUCCUUCCUUCCUUCCUUCCUUCCUUCUCUCUCUCUUUCACACAGCCAAUUCAGUGCCCUCCAGAAGUUUGGAAUCAGCCCCAGCCCCAGGCCAACGGUCGGGGACGAUGAAGAACUAUAGUUCAAAAUGCCUCACCUUAGCUAUCCCUUUCCUAAGCCCAUUCCCGUAGGGCUACUGUUUUCCUACCUGCUUCCCUGCCUCUGUUUGAGAAAUUAAGAAGUCCUUUUCUGUGUGAGGGAGCUGCUGCUUUUUUUGUCUACCUGAAAUCCAUACACUGUAGGGCAUGCACAGACCAGGACCCUGACAUUUUCUGGCAGAGAAUCCCACCUAUUUUGAUGUUGCCAUGCUGUGAUUUCGCCAACCCCUCAGAUCAAUAGCUGUCCCCCUUCUCCUCUGUGCCUGCAAAGCACUUUCUCACCUUCUCAGUCUCUGGGAAGAAAUAACUCCUUUUGCAGUCAUGGGCCUGCAAUAAUUCCCUCCCCCCCCAGCUCCUUACUUGUUUUUCAUAAACCCAACCUCACGCUGAAUAUUCUGUUUCUCUUGCUGUGUAGCUUGAACAAAAAAGAGAUGUUUACUGCGCUGUCCCGACAAUCCUGUGAACAUACAGGUCAGUACUUGUGGCCGGUUGCCGUGGCAACAUGCCAAGAUGGGUUGGUUGCCAUGUAUAUAAUACUUUAUAGCCAUAGGUAUGUUAGGAAAUGAUUGUUCAUUUCCUAAUGUACCUAUAGCUAUCAUGUAUGUUCAGGGCAGUGCUGCAGUUAAGGUGAUUUUAGACUUUGGACUGAAUUAAUGGUCAUGUGGGACGGGGUGGGCUUUAGACAGCACAGCGUUAUGACUUCGAUUUUUGCAAAAUGUCAUGAAAACCAGCUCCUGCCGCAUUGGGAGCCCAUCUAUCUGCGUGGAGCCCUCGACUGCUGUUCCAAAGUCCUCUUCUGGCCGGCUGCACACACAUUCUGGUGUGAUGGAGAGAGUUAGCUGCUGAGCAGACUUCAUGUUUUCAUCUUCAGUAAGUUAUUGGAAACAAAUAGUCCUGUGUGGUCUGUUAACUUGAAUUAGGGCGUGGGAAUUGAAUGUAUUUAUUUUAUCCCUUGCUCCAGAACGAUACUGUUCUAAAAGCGAAACACAAAAGCUGUUUGGGAUUUCUUUCUGGGGUUUUUUUUAAAUGUAGCUGUUGGCUUUUCCUCUACCUUCUGUGAAAUAAGACUGAUGGCUGAAAACAUUAGCAAGCUGGAUUCUGCCGCCUCCCCUACAUCCCUCCGAUCUGCUAGGGAUACCCUCUUAAUUCUUCCACCUGUGUGAGGACAAUGACAGAAAUGUCCUCCUGUUUGCAGGUUUCAUCCCCUAGGGACUCGCUUUAGUUUGUGCUAGAGCCGCCUUGAAAUUAAUUCCAAAAAGUUAAGGUAAAGGUAAAGGGACCCCUGACCAUUAGGUCCAGUUGUGACCGACUCUCGGGUUGCGAGCUCAUCUCGCUCUAUAGGCCGAGGGAGCCGGCGUUUGUCCGCAGACAACUUCCGGGUCAUAUGGCCAGCAUGACUAAGCUGCUUCUGGCGAACCAGAGCAGCGCACGUAAACGCCGUUUACCUUCCUGCCGGAGUGGUACCUAUUUAUCUACUUGCACUUUGACAUGCUUUCGAACUGCUAGGUUGGCAGGAGCAGGGACCGAACAACGGGAGCUCACCCCGUCACGGGGAUUUGAACCGCCAACCUUCUGAUCGGCAAGUCCUAGGCUCUGUGGUUUAACCCACAGCACCACCUGCACCCAAAAAGUUACCAGCCCACAUUUUUUUCUUUUUACUUGUUGUUUAGUUAUUUGAGACAACCGACAGCUAAAAAGAACCAACUCUCUUCCAGUUUACAAAUGUGUCCUUCCUAGUCCCCUAGGUGGCAUAGCAAGGGGUUAUGUACAUGUCUACAUGUAUUGGGGAAGACUUUCUUGUUUGCAAGACAUCCUUCUCUGGGCUCACUUUUGGUGACUAGGACUGAGGUGGUGUGUUGACAUAAGGCCUUCUCAGUUUAAGACAGCCCCUUCUUUUUUUAUUGUUUUACAUCUAAGGGUCCUGUUGAUGUUGCUUCCAAAAUAUUAUCUUCCACCCUGCACUCUCAGGAUAGAUGGAGUUAUUUGCGGGUGGCACUGUGGUCUAAACCACUGAGCCUCUUGGGCUUGCCGAUUGGAAGGUCGGCGGUUCGAAUCCCCGUGACGGGGUGAGCUCCCGUUGCUCAGUCCUAGCUCCUGCCAACCUAGCAGUUUGAAAGCACGCCUGUGCAAGUAGAUAAAUAGGUACCGCUGCGUUGGGAAGGUAAACGGUGUUUCCGUGCGCUCUGGUUUCCGUCACGGUGUUCUGUUGCGCCAGAAGCGGUUUAGUCAUGCCGGCCACGUGACCCAGAAAGCUGUCUGUGGACAAACACCGGCUCCCUUGGCCUGAAAGCGAGGUGAGCAACCCCAUAGUUGCCUUUGACUGGACUUAACCGUCCAGGGGUCCUUUACCUUUUACCUAGAUGAAGUUAUUCAUCUAAAUCGAGCCAAAUUCUGCUCACAUCCCUACAACCAUGCCUAAAUAUUGGACUGCAUUCACUCCAGGCGUAACGUCAAUGACUUCUUGAAGCCGUAAAGCCUUUGCACAUCUGCCUGAGAGAAAGCCCCAAUGAAUUCAAUGGGGCUUACUUGUGAGCACAUGUGUACACGAUUGGGUAAAGCGGUGAUGGGGAACCGGAAGCCUUUUCAGAUGUUUUGGACCCCAAUACCCAUCAUUCCUCAGCAGCGGCCAUCUUGCCUGGGGCUAAUGGGAAUCCAAAACGUCUAGAGGACAACCAAAACCACAGUUUAGCCCACCUGGAGUUAAAGGUUGCUCUCUUUCCCUUUAGGCAUUGGCAGACAAUGGCCUUGUUUGGUUUAAAUUGAGGCUUCAACACUGCCCUGUGUUUCACUCCUGCCUUACGAACCUCCUGACAGCCAAUUACUAUGCAAUAAAACAUUCAGCUGACACAAGGUCAUGAGGUGUGUAUCUGCCAGAUGAUUUGCUGGAUGGGUCUGGUUUUAUGUAAAAUACUGGUAUGCAACUACUGGCAGAUGCUGAAUUCAAUGACAAAUGUUUCAAGGACAGUUCAUUUGCAUGACAAACUCUCCCAAGGCUGCCUUAGAUUCCUGGAUGCUUGCCCUCUCUUCUUCUCUGGUAGCACUGAGAACAUUUUGACAUUGAGAGUCCAUUCCUACUUUUCUUGUUGCUAUAUUUAGCAUUUCCUAGAGUAACCAACUAGUAGGGACGUGGGUGGCGCUGUGGGUUAAACCACGGAACCUAGGACUUGCCGAUCAGAAGGUCGGCGGUUCGAAUCCCAGCGGCGGGGUGAGCUCCCAUUGCUCAGUCCCUGUUUCCUGCCAACCUAGCUGUUCGAAAGCACGUCAAAGUGCAAGUAGAUAAAUAGGUACCACUCCGGCGGAAGGGUAAACUGCGUUUUCGUGCGCUGCUCUGGUUCGCCAGAAGCGGCUUAGUCAUGCUGGCCACAUGACCCGGAAGCUGUACGCCGGCUCCCUCGGCCAAUAAAGCGAGAUGAGUGCCGCAACCCCAGAGUCAGUCACGACUGGACCUAAUGGUCAGGGGUCCCUUUACGUUCACCUAGACUAACCAAAGCAGGGAGAUCCAAAACCAGCUUAAACAAUAAUUGUCAGUUCUAGGGAAGAAGAUGCUUAAGAAGUGCACAUUUGCCUGUUUACGUGCAAUAGUUUUAAGAAAAAACACCCUUUAAAAUGUACACCUUUUGAAGAUAACUAGGCAACCGAAAAAAAGGCAUGAUUAAUCCUUCCUUUGCUAGCUAAAGGAACAUUGUCAGCCGUGCACCUCCCGUGCUUUAAGAGAUCAAUUUAUGCAACAAGCCUUUAAGGUAAGGAAGUGUUGCUAAUUCUGUUUCCACUGGGUUGUGAUGAGAUGAUGAAUCACCCCUAAGCAAAGAAGGGAAUUGGAAAUGGUAACGUCCUACAUCUCAGUUAUCAGUAUCCUCCCCGUUCCUCCUCCCUGGUCUUUAAGCACAAAAUCCUGUUGGGUUUCCUAAUAAGUGUAAGUCCUGAAUAAGUGUAGGAGUUAGGCAAGCCGGUCUUGGCUACGCCUGCGCAAUAUUUCUGGUUUUCACAAUAGAGAGUAGUUAAGAAUAGGCUAAGAAUUAUUUCUAGUAUGCCUCUGAAUACCAGAGGCUGGAAACAAGGCUCUUUGUAUGUUCCAUAAUGCCUAUGAAUCGGCUUCUACUGUACCUGUUGAAUUUCUGUCUGUUAUGCAGUUGUGAAAAGCACAAGAGCUCUGUUUGGAGGUGGGGGGUAGGAGGGUCAUUCUACCAAGACCAGUCAAUGAAAAUACAUCUACAGUGGUACCUUGGUUCUCAAACGCCUCGGUUCCCAAACGCCCAAAACACGGAAGUAAGUGUUCCGGUUUUUGAAAGUUUUUCGGAAGCUGAACGUCCAAUGCAGUUGUCAGCUAUUGUUUCUGGAGUGCCUGCACCAAUCAGAAGCUGCGCCUUGGUUUUCGAACAUUUCGGAAGUCAAAUGGACUUCCAGAAUGGUUUAAGUUUGGCACUUUUGUUUUUGCUAUUUAUUUUGCGUUUUUGUUUUUGAGGCUUUUUCGGUUAAUUUGUUUUUGUGACUGUGUGGGUGAUAAUUUUUAUCAUCUACAAUACUGUCUUAUUUAUUUUAUAGUAGAGUACAUUGAUUAUUGCUUUCAUUUUAUGUAUCAAUGGUCUGGUUAGAGAGUAAAAUUCAUGUUAAAUUGAUGUUUUAGGGGUUGUUUUUAAAAGUCUGGAACGGAUUAAUCUGUUUUGCAUUACUUUCUAUGGGAAAGUGUGCCUUGGUUUUGGGAACACUUUGGUUUUGGAAUGGACUUAAGUUUGAGAAUCAAGGUACCACUGUACUUUUCUAGCUCGUUCCAAACAUCAAAGGCUUCUAAUGGGUUUUCAUACGUUUAUCCUAUAUAUAUAUUCUGGGUUCACUCAGAUGAACAGAGUUCCUCAUUCCGAGCAAAUGUAGAACCUGGAAUUCUUAGGUUACAGUGCAGUGAAAAAUAAUAACGUUAACCCUGACAAAUUCAUGAUAUCAGUCCCCACCCCCUUCUUAUUUUUUAGGUUCCCGAGUACUGUACAAAAUGUCAACCAUAGUCACUUUUGUCUUUCUGCUUUUAAGCAUAGCAAUUAUUGUUGCUAUUACUCUGGUCCAAGUGAAUCGGAAAGAGGUCCUUUUGCCAGGGCUGAAGGUAUGUUGAAUGAAUAUGCUGCAGUAUCCAUUGCUUAGUUUGGGUGGCUGGGGCUCAGCUGCUGAACCGGUGAUGUAAUGAUAGUCAAGAGGGCUUCUGAGCAUGUGGAAAGAGUUUUCCAGCACCAGAAAGUAAGCACAGCUCGAUUGCAAGCGCCUGCAAUUAGAAAAAGGGUGCCUUGCAGGUCUUCCUUCCUCUCUUUCUAGAAGCUAAUCACUGUUAACAUAGAAAAACCUCUUCAGGUAGAAUCUGUAUGAUAAUAAGGGAAAUAAACUAAGAUCCAGGACAAAGACAUCUUGGAAUAUCAAACCUCAAGUUCCUUUGGACAUGUAUAUUCAAAUAAGUGCUCCUCUGCUUUCCCUCACCCAAAGUUUGUUCCACAAAAGAGACAUACCGUAUUUUUCGCUCUAUAACACGCACCAGACCAUAACACGCACGUAGUUUUUAGAGGAGGAAAACAAGAAAAAAAAUAUUCUAAACGAAAUAGUGGAUAUAUGAUUUUUGUGGUUCGUGCUGUGGCCACAGACAUGUGAUCUGACAGUGAUCUGAGUUUGGAGUAGCCCAAUGCAAAAAUCCUGAGGAUCCAUGUGGAUCCAUGCUUUGUAACCACGGAGGAGGGAAGGAAGGGGAACCAUGGAUCUUCUGCUCAUGGCUGCAGCAGAUCCCCACCGCCACCCACAGGCAUUCGCUCCAUAACACGCACAGACAUUUCCCCUUACUUUCUAGGAGGAAAAAAGUGAGUGUUAUGGCGCAAAAAAUACGGUACUCAGCCCCCAGACCUGGUGUUGUCUCCUUGCCGCCCCCUUGCUUCAGGUGGGCUAUCUAAAUGGGAGUCGGAUGUGGCUUCAGAAUGGACCCAAGAGCCAGCCAAUCAUGGCUUUAAAUGAGGAAGUGGGAGGGACGGGAUGAGGGUGGGGUGGAGAGUCACUCAGGACUGGUUGGGAAAGAGGCUGGGUUCUUUUUCUGUAAAGACUGAAACAAAAAAGGACUGUAAUAAACUUUUCCAAGUCUUUAUACCAGGCAUAGGCAAAAUUGGCCCUCCAGGUGUUUUGGAACUACAGUUCCCAUCGUCCCUGACCACUGGUCCUGUUAGCUAGGGAUGAUGGGAGUUGUAGUCCCAAAACAUCUGGAGGGCUGAGUUUGUCUAUGCCUGCUUUAUACUUUCCUGGGCAACCAGCCGGGAGCCGCUGACAGCACCCCGCUACCCCAAUUAAAGGAAAGGACUGCUCAACAAAAAGCUUGCGAUCCCCUGUAUUAAAACCCAGAGCAUAACAUGCCAACCAACAAGAGCUCCCUUUGCCAGCACAGCGGGAUUUAAGGGCAGUAAUUACAUAAGAGGGUGAGAUCCUUAUUAAGAAGAUCUCUGGACAGUUACAUGCCCAAAGGCUGAAGGCUUCCCACUUGAAAGCUUCUCUUGAAGAAACAUAUCUUGGCUGCGUCUGUUUUCCUCGAGGCAGGAUUGGGACCCGAUGGGUGUAGCUGCCUACUUGCCCUACCAGUUAGGACAUGCCCACAGUAUUAUCCUUCCAUCUCUCAACUGCGAGUGGGAAGAAACAGGUAGGAGAAGCAAGCUCAGGAGAAUGGGAAUGGCCAGGGAGAGGGGUUGGAGGCAGGAGAGACUGUUGCCGCCCCAUGGCAUCUGCCGCCUGAGGUGGCUUCAUCACUCUGUCCAAUGGUAGAGCCGGCCCAUAGGGAAACAGCUGUUCAAAGAAAAGGAGAAGAAAGAAAGAAAGAAAGAAAGAAAGAAAGAGAAAAAGGAAGGAAGGAAGGAAGGAAGGAAGGAAGGAAGGAAGGAAGGAAGGAAUCACUCUAGCUUAAUACAAAAAGUGUCUCUUAGGGACUUGGGCUACUUUUCUAACGCUUGUAUUUUCUUUGAUUGUUUCCAACAAGAAACCAUGCUCGUCUUCUAAUCUAUAACUUUCUCUCUCCCCCCCUCCCACCACCAAGUACGGCAUAGUGCUCGAUGCAGGAUCAUCUCGGACGACUGUCUAUGUAUAUGAAUGGCCGGCAGAGAAAGAAAACAACACGGGAGUCGUGAGCCAGACCUUCAAGUGCAAUGUGAAAGGUGAGGAGGGAAUGUGGAUUUUGGGGUGGCCCUGAAACAAAUACCAAGCACGGAAUGUAUGAGUUGGGUGAAGGAGGGCAGCAGGAAGAGAAACGGCAGCUUCUGUGUUUGAAACCCCUUAUACACUGUCCAUUAAGAGCAUCAUCAUUCCACUUUAAACAACCAUGGCUUUCCCCAAAGAGUCCUGGAAACUGUAGUUGGUUAAGGUUGCCGACUGAUGCUUGGAGACUCCUGUUCCCCUCACAGAGCUAAAAUUCCCAGAGCCCCCUGGGAAGAGAGAUUUGUAGCUCGGUGAGGGGAAUAGUAGCCCCCUAAGUACUGGGACGCGGGUGGCGCUGUGGGUUAAACCACAGAGCCUAGAACUUGCCGAUCAGAAGAUCGGCGGUUCGAAUCCCCACGACGGGGUGAGCUCCCGUUGCUCGGUCCCAGCUCCUGGCAACCUAGCAGUUCGAAAGCACGUCAAAGUACAAGUAGAUAAAUAGGUACCGCUCCGGCGGGAAGGUAAACGGUGUUUCCGUGCGCUGCUCUGAUUCACCAGAAGCGGCUUAGUCAUGCUGGCCACAUGACCCGGAAGCUGUACGCCGGCUCCCUCGGCCAAUAAAGCGAGAUGAGCGCCGCAACCCCAGAGUCGGUCACGACUGGACCUAAUGGUCAGGGGUCCCUUUACCUUUACUUUUAAGCACUCAUAGCACCCUUAGCAGGGAUAGCCUAACUGCUGUUGUCUAUGCUCUGGUAACUUCAAGGUUAGAUUACUGCAAUGCGUUAUAUGCAGGGCUGCCUCUGAAGACGGUUCGGAAACGUCAGCUAGUGCAGAAUUCAGCAGCCAGGUUACUCAGUGGAGCAAUACGGAUUGAGCAUGUUACACUGAUCCUGGUCUGACUGCACUGGCUACCAAUGAAUUUCGAGGCCCAAUUCAAAGUGCUGGUUUUGACCUACAGUGGUACCUCGGGUUACAGACACUUCAGGUUACAUACGCUUCAGGUUACAGACUCCGCUAACCCAGAAAUAGUACCUUGGGUUAAGAACUUUGCUUCAGGAUAAGAACAGAAAUCGUGCUCCUGCGGUGCCGCGGCAGCAGGAGGCCCCAUUAGCUAAAGUGGUGCUUCAGGUUAAGAACAGUUUCAGGUUAAGAACGGACCUCCGGAACGAAUUAAGUACUUAACCCGAGGUACCACUGUCUAAAGCCUGAAACGGCUCAGGACCACAAUAGCCCAAGGACCGCCUCUUCCCAUAUGAACCUACCCAGACCCUGAGAUCAUCUUCUGAGGCCCUCCUUCGUGUGCCUCCUCCUCGAGAGGUCUGGAGGGUGGCAACAAGAGAAGGGGCCUUCUCUGCAGUGGCUCCCCGUGUCUGUGGAAUGCUGGUUUGCCUGGUACCUUCGUUAUACACCUUUAGGCGCCAGGCAAAAACGUUCCUUUCUAACUAGGCCUUUGGUUGAUCUGUUUGACAACCUAUACCCUUUUAAAAUCCUAUACCCCCUUUUCUGGGGGGAUGUUAUUGGGUUGUUGUUUUUAUUCUGAUUAUAUAUGUUGUGAUUUUGUCUGUGAACCGCCCUGAGACCUCCGGGUAUAGGGCGGUAUAUAAACUCGAUUAACAACAACAACAACAACACACAACAGUUCCCAGGAUUCUUUGGGUGAAGCCAUGACUGUUUAAAGGGGUAUGAUAGUGCUUUCAAAGUGUUAUUUUUAUUUUAUUUUUCAUUAUUAAUCACAGCACUUUACACAAUAAGUGAAUGAAAUGCAACAACAAACCCCAAAAUUAAGCAACUAGUGGCUGAAUUCGCCUGCCACAACUAUAAAUCAAAAUACAGUGGUACCUCGUGUUAAGUAUUUAUUUCGUUCCGGAGGUCCGUUCUUAACCUGAAACUGUUCUUAACCUGAGGUACCACUUUAGCUAAUGGGGUCUCCCGCUGCCGCCGCACGAUUUCUGUUCUCAUCCUGAAGCAAAGUUCUUAACCCAAGGUGGUAUUUCUGGGUUAGCGGAGUCUGUAGCCUGAAGCGUCUGUAACCCGAGGUACCACUGUACAAUGGCAGGCAAAGCAAUUGAAGCAGCCUUCUUGUAUUGGGGCGGGCCACUCGGUGGGGAGGUAUUGGCUGGGCGAAUGACUCAGGGACAGGUUUUGCCGUUCCAAAUGGGCGUGGGAAGCUAGUGCGUCAUGCAGCAGGGUGGAAAUCGUGCACGACUUGCCAUUUGCGUGCCUGUGGCAUUUCAAAAUGUGACAGAUUAGCAAGCGGGGAUGGCAGUGGCUGCGGCAGAUCGAAAUCAUCUGCAUUCUCUGCUGCCCCGGUCUAACGGAAACUGCAGUGGCAGCUUGUUCCUGUGGGUGCGAAUGCUUGUGUAUAUGCACACCUAAGAAAAUUAGGCUCCAAAUAAUAAUAAUAAUAAUAAUAAUAAUAAUAAUAAUAAUAAUAAUUUAUUUAUACCCUGCCCAUCUGGCUGAGUUUCCCCAGCCACUCUGGGCGGCUUCCAAUCAAGUGUUAAAAACAAUACAGCAUUAAAUAUUAAAAACUUCCCUAAACAGGGCUGCCUUCAGAUGUCUUUUAAAGAGAAGAUAGCUACUUAUUUCCUUCACAUCUGAAGGGAGGGCGUUCCACCGGGUGGCCGCCACUACCGAGAAGGCCCUCUGCCUGGUUCCCUGUAGCUUUGCUUCUCGCAAUGAGAGAACCGCCAGAAGGCCCUCGGCGCUGGACCUCAGUGUCCCGGCUGAACGGUGGGGGUGGAGACGCUCCUUCAGGAAUACAGGACUGAGGCUGUUUAGGGCUUUAAAGGCCAACACCAACACUUUGAAUUGUGCUCGGAAACGUACUGGGAGCCAAUGCAGAUCUCUCAGGACCGGUGUUAUGUGGUCCCAGAGGCCGCCCCCAGUCACCAGUCUAGCUGCCGCAUUCUGGAUUAGAACAACGAUGUUAGAACAACGAUGAUGGUCAUUGCAUAUAAAGGCAUGUGGCUGGAAACCGCAGGAGGGGACAGUUCUCUCGUGCUUGAAUCCCUUUUUCCAGGUUUUCCCCGGGUAUCUGUUUGGCUUCUGCAAACAGAGUCCUGGUCUAGAUGGGCCAUUGGCUUGAUACAGCAGCCUCUCCUUACGUUCAUUUUUUAAUCCACUAUAACUCCAAGGAGUGCCAGGGUUCUUUGUUCCCUUUCUUUGUUCGCUAAUUCUCACAAUGCCCCUGUGAGGUCAGUUAACCUGAGGAAGGUUGACUCUCAAGGUCGCCUUGUUCAACAUGAACCACUAACUCGCUGUAUCUCAUGACUAACCCUUUCAUUGUGGUUUCCUACAAGAUAGUGCCUACCUAGGCUUUAAAUUUUGCUUAAACCGUGGGAUUUUCUCUGCAUGGAUCAUGAUUUCCCUCUCCUUCUUCUCUUGUGAGGCACAGACUCUUUUAAUCAAAGGUUAAAAGAUAAAGGUAAAGGGACCCCUGACCAUUAGGUCCAGUCGUGGCCGACUCUGGGGUUGCAGCGCUCAUCUUGCUUUAUUGGCCAAGGGAGCCGGCGUACAGCUUCCGGGUCAUGUGGCCAGCAUGACUAAGCCGCUUCUGGCGAACCAGAGCAGCACACGGAAACGCCGUUUACCUUCCCGCUGGAGUGGUACCUAUUUAUCUACUUGCACUCUAAUGUGCUUUUGAACUGCUAGGUUGGCAGGAUCAGGGACCGAGCGACGGGAGCUCACCCCGUCGUGGGGAUUUGAACCGCCGACCUUCUGAUCGGCAAGCCCUAGGCUCUGUGGUUUAACCCACAGCGCCACCCACGUCCCUUAAAGGUUGCUGUUCAGCAAAGUGAGAUUUCCAAUUGAUGGGUACAAACUCCUGAGCAAAUCCUUUCAUGCAUGCAAUUAGGUCGUGUCAUUUCAGAAACAGCAUUUGAAGUUCUUUCCAAGCUUCUUGUACUACAGGGAUGGAAAUAUAUAUAUUUCCAUCCCUGUAGUUCCAUUCUAUUUGAAGCCUGCAAAUAGAAUCCCAUCUGCAAAUUAUGGGCUUUGUGGGAUUGGUUUGGUUUUAAAAAAAAAAAACUAAUUAAAGGCAGGAUCAUUUCGGCUCUGCUGUAAUCUGAAGCAAAAUUCUUCUUUUUAAAAUUUAUUUAUUUAGUUUUUCAAAUUACAGUUUUACAAUUACAUAUCCAACAUACAACAUAGAUCCCACAGAAUCUCCUGGACUUCCCUCCUCCACUUUGUGGGUCCUAUUGUUAGUCAUUUCUUCCUGCAUCUUUUAUAAUAAUCCAAAUCUUUUACAGCUCCAUAUUCACCAUUAAACUACAAGUGCUAUUCCAAUCCUACUAACAAUUUUAACUGUUUACAGUGGUUUUUAAGAUAAAUUAUAUAUUUUCCCCAUUCUUUAUUAAAAUUUUGGUCUUCCGGAAUUCUGAUUCUUCUGGUCAUUUUUGCCAUUUCGGCAUAAUCCAUCAAUUUAAAUCUGAAGCAAAAUUCUCACCCUGGUUGCUUAUGUGCUUAUGUGUUUUUAACUUUUAAGGGCCACCCAUCUGGAUUUAUCCCAGGCCAAAAUGGAUACAGUAGUACCUCCGAUUACAUACGCUUCAGGUUACAUACACUUCAGGUUACAGACUCUGCUAACCCAGAAAUAGUGCUUCAGGUUAAGAACUUUGCUUCAGGAUGAGAACAGAAAUCAUGCUCCGGCGGCGUGGCAGCAGCAGGAGGCCCCAUUAGCUAAAGUGGUGCUUUAGGUUAAGAACAGUUUCAGGUUAAGAUCGGACCUCCGGAACGAAUUAAGUACUUAACCCGAGGUACCACUGUACUAGGUUUCAGUUUCAUCAGCCAGAGCUGUUAUACUGCUGUAAACCAUACAUGCGGGUGGAGGGAAAGUAGCUUUUAUUUUAGGUUUUUAUUUUAGGAAUGUAAUGUGCCACUUGUAGGGUAAUAAUAAUAAUAAUAAUAAUACACCUCACUAAGUGGUUUAUAUAGGAAUGAAUUAAAGCAAUUAAAAUUUGAAACAGAAAUGAUUAGAUGCUGGAAUCCAUUGAAAACGGCUUCUCCAUUCAAACCAGGAAGUGAACUCUCCAGACAAUGGAACAGGUCGCCUUUUCUUAUCUCUCAGGCUGUGAUCUCCUGGGUGACGCGGGUGCCAUUAGGCAGCUAAAUGCGCAUGCGUACUCCCUCCAUUCCCCUCCUUCCUGCCUCUGUGUGGCCCGGGCCACUGGCAACCCAUUCUAUGCCACUGGGAGGAACAGGGAUAAGCUUUACAAUCCACCAGUUGAAAUCCCGUGGACUGGGGCACAGCAUGGAGGAAUGAAGCCUGCCUGAAACAUGAAACAUGAAACAUGACACUUCUUGCAUACUUCCAACAUCUUAUAUAUUUGAUCGUGCAUUAUUUGGGACUAGAUGACCCUAGGCUUGAUAUUGGUCAUCGACAGUAAUAAAAUGACUUGAGGUGACCCUAUGGGCCCCUUCCAACUCGACAAUUCUAUGGUUCCAUCUUUAAAAAUAUUUAUAUUCUUAGCUGUUAUCCAUACUCCUAAAUACUUAACUUUCUUCUCAAUUGUCAGUUCUGUUACUUGUUGUGGGUCUUUUUUAUAUUGCUCCAUCACAUUUUUCACCAAUACUUUCAUUUUACUUUUGUUUAAUUUAAAAGCUGCUACUUUUCCAAACUUAAGAAUCUGUUCGGUAUACUAGUCAAAGGGUCUUCUACACAAGGUCAUCUGCAAAUGCCUUUAGCUUAUAUGCUUUAUAACUUACUGCUAUCCCUUUUAUUUUUUCAUCUGAUCUUAUGCUUCUAGCCAGGGUCUCUAAAACUAAUAAACAAUAAUGGUGACAGGGGACAUCCCUGUCUCGUCCCUUUCAUUAUUUUACAUUUUCCUGUUAUUACAUUAUUUACUAUCAGCAUUGCCUGUUGGUCAGAAUAAAUUGCAUCAAUUUCUCUAAGAAAUGACUCUCCGAAGUUCAUAAUCUCAAUAGUUUUUUUCAUGAAAGUCCAUUGAACGUUGUCAAAGGCCUUCUCUGCAUCUAGAAUUCUAUGGUUCUAUGGUUACUGUAAUGUUCAAGUUUUCCUACACAUUAUUUACUUGCUAACUUUAUUUAUUUGCUUUCCAAAUAAAGAAGCAAAAGUGCUCAGAAUGACACUAGCUUAAAGAGAGAGCGGUAUAGUAAAAGUCUUGGUGAGUUACAAAACUGAAUCCAUUAACCCCCUUCUCCUAGGUCCUGGGAUAUCCAGCUAUGCGAGCAACCCUCAAGAAAUUGCUAAGCCCAUUAAUGAUUGCAUGAAUAAAGUAAAGGAGAAAAUUCCAUUGCACUUACAUACGACCACACCUGUCUACCUGGGAGCCACAGCCGGCAUGAGACUUCUGAGGUAUGGUUGGAAACCACAGCAGACGCUGAUGUGUUGUGUGUAUCGUUUUGUCCAUUGUUAAGUGGAUAAAGCCGGGGGAAAUUAUUCAUGCCAAAGUCUUCUCAUCCUCGCCUUAAAACCUAUCAGUCUAUGGGGAUUAAUAGAUAUGAGCAUGUUAAGACAACGCCCAUAAACCAAAGAGGGAUUUGGAUUUUCCCAGGGGGUAUUGCUGGUGAGUAGAAUCUUCCCUCAGAUUCAACUUGUUGUGACUAUUGACUGCCUUGUAGAAGACAGUUGAUCCCAGAUCGGAGUGUUCCUGAAUAUUUUGUAAUAAAUGUGUAAUCUUGGGGGGAGGGGGCAAACAAGGACUUUGUGCCAUGGGCUGCCACAACCAGGGAGGAGGGAGAGAGUGGGGGCUUGGCCCAUGUUGCAUACCUGACAACAGCCUGCACUUGUUGUUGUGCAUGUGCCAGUGGUUGUAUAAAAUCCUUUGUGCGUGCACAGAUUUUUCUUUUAAGUGUUGACAAAUAGUAGAGAUAAGGGCCAAUGUAAGUAAGUAAGUAAUUAAAUUUUUAUUUAUAACCUGCCCUCCCUGGCCAAGACCGGGUUCAGGGUGGCUAACAUCAAAUACAUUAAAACACCAUCAAACAAUUGAUUAAAAUACAGCUUAAAAAUUAGAAUCAGGAUAAAAUUAAAUGAUUGCCCACAAAUUACAACAUAGGGGUGAGGAACCUCAAGUAUUCAUCAGGACCAGCUAUCCAUGUUGGUCCCACAUGAGCCGAUUAAAGGGCCAAAGAGGUAACUUACAGGGUCCCAUAGAAAGGGGUCAAACUGGGCCCGGACCAAAGCCCAGGCGGAACAACUCCGUCUUGCAGGCCCUGCAGAAAGAUGUCAAGUCCCCCAGGGCCCUGGUCUCCUGCGGUAGAGUUUUCCACCAAGCUGGGGCCAAAGCCGAAAAGUCCUUGGCCCUGAUUCAGGCCAGUUUAACUUCCUUGAGGCCCGGGACCUCCAAGAUAUUAUUAUUUGUGGACCGUAAGGUCCUUCGCGGGGCAUACCAGGAGAGGUGGUCCCAUACGUAUGAGGGUCCUAGGCUGUAUAGGGCUUUAAAGGUUAAAACCAGCACCUUAAACCUGACCCUGUACUCCACCGGGAGCCAGUGCAGUUGGUAAAGCGCUGGAUGAAUGUGGUCCCGCGGCAAGGGCACAUAGAUUAUACUAAAAACACACCAGUGAUUAAUCCGUAUAAAUAAGAUACACAGCAUAUUUUUUUUCCUGGUGUGGUUUUGCUUGGCACCCAUUCCCUGAAGCAUUUUGGCACAAUUCAAGCUAUGCUGAUGUUCGUUACUUAGACCAGGGUUUCCAAAAGCUGUUUUCGGACUACAACUCCCAUCAUCCCUAGCUAGCAAGAGAUGAUGGGAACUGUAGUCCCAAAACAGAUGGGGGCCCGAGUUCAGGAGACCAUGACUGAGACAAGCAGAAUGGUAGAAUCUGCAACCUGGAGAUUGAGGGGGGGACAACCUCAGAGAUGGAAGCUCUGCCCCUCAUGGCACACAGACCUCUCUGUGGUCUCGGUGGUGGGGUUAAUAAUAAUAAUAAUAAUAAUAGAAAAGAAAACAAACCAUGAUCUUUGGCUAGCAUCACAUAUAAACCAGGAUUCAUAAACCAGAACUUAGAUGCUCCCAACAAACCCCAAUCUAUAGCCAUGGUUAGUUUUUCGGCAUACUGAUUGUGGGACUUCUUUUUUGGGGGGGUCAAAUCAACUGGUGAUGUGUUGUUCAGCUAAACCAGAAUUCAUGGUUUGUUUUCUCUCUGCGUGAGUGGCAAGGGGACUCACAGCCCAGAUAUGCACAUUCAUGGUAAGUCAUUAACUACCGCUAUGGGUCAAACCACAGAGCCUAGGACUUGCCGAUCAGAAGGUUGGCGGUUCGAAUCCCCACAACGGGGUCAGCUCCCGUUGCUCGGUCUCAGCUCCUGCCCACCUAGCAGUUGGAAAGUACGUCAAAGUGCAAGUAGAUAAAUACGUACUGCUCCGGCGGGAAGGUAAACGGCGUUUCUGUGCACUGCUCUGGUUCACCAGAAGCGGCUUAGUCCUGCUGGCCACAUGACCCGGAAGCUGUACGCUGGCUCCCUUGGCCUACAGAGCGAGAUGAGCGCCGCAACCCCAGAGUCGGUCACGACUGGACCUAACAGUCAGGGGUCCCUUUACCUUUACUGUAAUGUGCAAACCAGAGCAUUGACUAUUGAUGUGUGGACCAGCCGGCACAAAGAGAUCACUACAAGUAGAACAUUCAUACCCCCUGCUAUCAUUUUGGACCUGGUAUUUUCCCAUGAAAGCAGCCCACACAUUUCCCUGGACCAUCCAGUGUUGAAUAAUUAAGUAAUGUACAUGCAUGUAUGAAUCAACCCUUGACUUGCCAAGUCUAGUCACUAGUUUUGGCAGACGACGAAGGGCAAACGUCUCCUUUCGGCCACUCAGCGUUUUGUAUUCUUGUGACUUGCUUAGGUUGCAAAAUGAAUCAGCGGCCCAUGAAGUCCUUCGGAGCAUUCAAAAGUACUUCGCAGCCCUGCCCUUUGAAUUUAGGGGCACUCAAAUCAUAACCGGGCAAGAGGAAGGGGUGUACGGAUGGAUAACAGCCAACUAUUUAAUGGGCAAUUUCUUGGAGGUGCGUGGAAAAAUCUGCAUGUUUUAUUGCAUACUAUUCUUUGAUGAGUUGCUAGUGUUUGAACGGAUGUACGCUGAGAUUAGCAUAACCCCCAGGCAAGGGAAGAUUGUGGCACGAUGUAUGCAUAUAUAAAUAUACAACCACCUAAAACUGUGGUUGUAGUACUAAGAUUAUCUUUAUAGCAAAGGUUCCUGCCUUGAAUUAGUCUUCUGUUUUACCUAGCAAACUGGUCUCUCCUGUUAAAGGCAUAAAACAUCAUAUAAGGGGAUGACAUUGAGUCGUGUUCUUAAAACAACAACACCCAUUUAAAGUUUAAUAAUAAUAAUAAUAAUAAUAAUUUUAUUAUUUGUACCUUGCCCACCUGACUCGGUUGCCCCAGCCACUCUGGGCAGCUUCCAACAAAUAUAGACAGAAAUACUGUUUUGGGGAAACAGGGGAUGGGCAGGUCCAGGGACUCCCUGGUCCUGAACGGGGUAACUGUGCCACUGAAGGACUAGGUGCGCAGCCUGGGAGUCAUUUUGGACUUACAGCUGGCCAUGGAGGCACAGGUCAAUUCUGUGUCCAGGGCAGCUGUCUAUAAAUUCCAUCUGGCACGCCGGCUGAGACCCUACCUGCCCGCAGACUGUCAGGAAGUUUUAAACAUUUGACAUUUUAUUAUUUUUUCUAUUUUGCUGGAAGCCGCCCAGCGUGACUGGGGAAACCCAGCCAGAUGAGUGGGGUAUAAAUAAUAAUAAUAAUAAUAAUAAUAAUAGCAUAAGACAACAUAAAACACUAAAAACUUCCCUAUACAGAGCUGUCUUCAGAUGUCUUCAGAAAGUUGUAAAGUUGUUUAUCUGUUUGGCGUCUGAUGGGAGGAUGUUCCACACAGAGGGUGCCACUGCCGAGAAGGCCCUCUACCUGGUUUCCUGUAACUUCGUUUAUCGCAGUAAGGGAACCACCAGAAGGCCCUCAGAGCUGGACCUCAGUGGGGGUGGAGACGUUCCUUCAGGUAUACAGGGCCGAGACCGUUUAGGGCAGGGGUCAGCUAGGUUUACCUCACCUGGGCUGGUUCACUCCCAUGGAAAUCGCUCCGUGGGCUGGCUCGUGUCUGCGCAGGCGCGAAUUUCGGCAUCUGUGUCUGCUCAGACAUGAUUUCUGGUGCUGCGGAAGCGAGUCCCCGCUCUGCGCUGUGCCAGUGCAGUGUGCGGGGACUCGCCGAGUGGGUGGCUCGGUUCGGGGGCUGCUCGUGGGCCGUUUAAAUGACCCCUGCGGGCCACUUGUGGCUCAUGGGCUGCAGGUUGCUGACCCCUGGUUUAGGGCUUUAAAGGUCAGUGCCAACACCUUGAAUUGUGCUCGGAAACAAACUGGGGGCCAGUGUGGGUCUUUCAGGACCAGUGUUAUACGGCCGCUGUGGCCGCUCCCAGUCACCAGUCUCUAGCUGCCGUGUUCUGGAUUAGUUGCAGUUUCUGAGUCACCUUCAUGGUUGAGUCCACCGAACACAUUCUCUUGACUUGCCCUUCCUAUGCAGAGCUUAGACAAAAUUUUAUAGACCCACUCUUAUGUCAAUUCAGCUUCCUACCCGGAGAAAACCAGGUUUUACACUUGCUGAAUAACACCACUAGAGCUAUACCUUCCUUGGUGGCCAAAUUUCUCUUCUUAGCUUUUAAGCGUCGCAAGACUAUAAUUGACUGUAUUGAUAUGGGGCUAUCUGUUUAGCCCAUUUUAGUGUUGGCUAAGUUUUAAAAUCUUCCUGGAUGUUUUAACUGUGUAUUGACAAAAUGUACUUUUUUCUGACUGACGGUCGAAUAAAAAUGAUGAUGAUGAUGAGUCACCUUCAAAGGUAGCUUGCCCAGGGCAAAGGAAACCCCUCUAAAUUUCACAGAAGUUUUAAAUUGUAGGCAAUCCUCACUCCAGAAUAAGCCAAGCACAUUACAACGGUCGUCACCACUCUAAGACACCCUGAUCACACUUGCAGAUGCAACUUUGUGGUUUACAUUCCAUACUCGAUGUCCUCCUAAGCCAUGCCCUUCCCAGGUUCCCCCAGUUCUUCCAGUGGAACAAUCUUCCUUUUAUCCUUUGGUGCUAAAACACCAAACCGGGAACAGAGGAAACGAUGGCACAAUAGCCCUGUCCCUAUGUACGGCAGGCCCUUUGCUUUCACAGCUGUUUGACAAAAUCCCACAGGGAACUCUUUCCCUGUGCACAGAAUAAGGAGCUCUGUUGACAGGAGUGGUGAUAGCAGCUGGCCAAGUUGCCACGGUACUAGUGCCCUGACAGAGGCCACUGAUGAUGUCCGCUGAUUUGAGGGGUGGCAUUAUUUUUCUGGCCUGGCACUGAGCAGUGCCAGACAGCCAGAUCUAGCCAACGUUCCCACAGUGCACCUGAUGUAGUGUUGCUCUGGGUUAUUGUGGGAAAUCAAAAGGACAGCUAGACCUAGCCACCCGGGGCUGCUCAGAGCGGUGCCACUGAUGCCAUGGAAGCCUGGGCAACUAUUUUAUCUUGAACAAUUGCAAACGCAGUUAAUGAAGAGUCCACUUGUGAUAUAGUAGUGGUUCAGUGCUCAUAAUCCAACGUUUUGUCGAUAAAGAGCUCAGUCAUCGAGCUUUGUAGUAAAUAAUACACAAGAGGAGACAGUAUGCCCACGACUUAAAGCAGGGGUAUACAGUGGUACCUCGGGUUAAGAACUUAAUUAAUUCCAGAGGUCCGUUCUUGACCUGAAGCUGUUCUUAACGUGAAGCACCACUUUAGCUAAUGGGGCCUCCUGCUGCCGUUGCGCCACUGGAGCACGAUUUCUGUUCUCAUCCUGAAGCAAAGUUCUUAACCCAAGGUAUUAUUUCUGGGUUAGCGGAGUCUGUAACCUGAAGUGUAUGUAACCCGAGGUACCACUGUAUUUGGCUCCAUCUGCAUGUUUCCAUCAGGAGGAGCAGAGAAAGAGGACGAUGUCAGAGGUAAAAAGGAAAAGGUAAAGGACCCCUGGACGGUUAAGUCCAGUCAAAGGUGACUAUGGGGUUGCAGCGCUAAUCUCACUUUCAGGCCGAGGAAGCUGGCGUUUGUCCGAUUGGCGCAGCGACGGUCUGCCGGGGUGAUGAUCGAUGUGGGGGUAGUCCCCCCAGAGGGGGCUGAUUGUUGCUGCGGCAAUCCACCGGGGGGUUCUAUUGGUGUGGCGGUGAUCCACCCUGGGAGGAUUUUGUCACCCCCCCCGAGAUGACACCUGGGGCACACCACCCCCACCUGUCCCCUUCCUACGCCCCUGGCAACGGGAGCUCACCCCGUUGCGUGGAUUCCAACCGCUGACCUUCUGAUCGGCAAGUCCAAGAGACUCGGUGGUUUAGACCACAGUGCCACUCGCGUCCCAAUGUCAGAGGAUUCUUUAGCGAUGAAACCUCUGAUUACUGGAACGACAUCCAAGCACUGAACCACUAGUAUAUCACAAGUGGACUCUUUAUUUACUGUGUUUCCAAUUGCUCAAGAUAAAACCUAUUUUGGAAAGAGAAGAAAUGAGCACUGAGCCACUGAUAUAUCAUAAGUGAACUCAUCAUUUACUGCGUUUGCAAUUGUUUAAGAUAAAACCUAUUUGGGAAAGAAACUGUUUUUGCCAUUUCUAUGGACGUUUAUUGUUUGCUUUCAUCACCAGUUUCCUUGGUGAUAUUAUCUCCUGUUGAUUGCAGUAGUCAUUGUACCACCACCCCGUUCAUUGUUUUAUGGCCAGGUAAGCCUGCCAGGGCCCACAGACUGUGGGGAACACUUUGCCCAAUGCCCCCUCAAACCUGGAACUGGCCCGUCCUGUUGGUUUCAGCAAUGUGCUGCUGACUGUGCACAGGCUGAACAUCUUUGCCUACGCAUUUGGCUCGCGAUACAGGCCUGGUUGGCAUAUUUUCCAAAGUGAAACUGGUGGUGCCCCAACCGCCCUGAUCAAAUGUACGUAGGGUGAACUACACUAUUCCAAACUCUUGUUGUGACAGCCUCUUGCUACUUCUGUGGCUUUAUUCUUUGGAAGAACACUCUGAUUUCUACAGCUUCCAUAGGCGAGCUGGGGAGCGCUUUUCGCAUUGAUCUCAGCGCAGUUUUGUGACACCCUGUAAGCUCAGAAGGGAAAGUUUAGAUGAGAGCAGAGCCUCAUGGUGGCCCGGGAUGUCAAAUCUACCUUCUUCCUUUCCAGAGAAACCUUUGGAGGGCCUGGGUCCAUCCCCACGGAGCAGAGACCACAGGUGCCCUCGAUUUAGGAGGGGCCUCCACCCAAAUAUCGUUCAUCCCCGAUGAGACCGGUGACACGACCAACAGCACGCUGCCAGUGCAGCUGUAUGGCUAUGAAUACAGCGUGUACACGCAUAGCUUCCAGUGUUACGGGAGAGAUGAAGCAGAGAAAAAACUGCUGGCAUCGAUACUACAGGUACGGCUGAGGGAAUGCUCUUCUGCUAGGAUGGUCUACUUCUUGAAUGCAGAGAAGGGUACAGAGUUCAGUAGUGGAGCAAACAGUUUGUGUUAAGUUGUGGGUGAACAUAUCAGACGACACAGCGAUUCUUCAAACAGCUCUUCUUUAUUCAGAGGCCAGAACAGAACUGAACUGAAGGGCUCAGUCAGCCUGCUUAUAUAGAGCUCCAGUACAACGUUACUGUAGCAACUUUCUAAAACUAUCCAAUCACUGAACGUCACUUUCGAUCCUUCAUUUGCAUAACUAUCUACAGUAUCCCCCUGCUAAAAUUAUCACUGAACGUCACUUUCGAUCCUUCAUUUGCAUAACUAUCUACAGUAUCCCCCUGCUAAAACUAUCCAAUCACUGAACGUCACUUUCGAUCCUUCAUUUGCAUAACUAUCUACAGUAUCCCCCUGCUGGCCCAGGGUGAGAACUUCAGUACAUAACAGUUUGCAUGGCUUGUUUGCCAUUUUCUCAUAACAAAAAGCCUAGAGCAGUGGAGAUUCAAUCAGCAGUCUUCUUUCAAAAAGUAAAAAGCAGGACGUGCCCAAAAGUCAUUUUAGGAAUGGUUGAACUUUUUUAAGACAACACAAAAAAAGAAAAGGAAAAAAAGGCGAUUGACAAUCUAAGUUAUGUCAGUCCGAGUUACUGGCCACAGGGGAAGAUGGAGAGACAAGUAAACAGAGGAAGUCAAAAGCUGAUGUAACAAAAACCCAGUGGUUUUUAUUAAGCCAAAGCAACUUCAGAAAGGUGGAAUUCAGAGAAGCAUUGGGGGAGGUUUUUCUACUGCAAAGCUGCCUCCCUUUAUGGAUGCAUGUUGGUCAGGGAAAAAUGCAAAACAUACAGCCUAUUUUAGUGACCUUCCCUGUAACAAUGACUCCUGUCGAAAUUAUCCCUCCUGUUUAAAACCUCCUUGUUUGUUUGUUGUUUGUCAACUGCCAGAAUUCAGGUGAUAAAUCCAGGAUCAAUAAUCCAUGCUAUCCUCGGAAUUAUAAAACUGUUGUAACCACGAAAUACUUGUACGGCAGCCUCUGCACGGCAUUUCUAAGGCCAGAGAACGACAACCCAGACCAGCUUGUAAAUGUCACUGGAAGUGGAGAUCCAGCUCUCUGCAGGGAAGCCGUAUCCAAGUUAUUUGAUUUCGCAAGUUGCAGGGGGAAGGAAGACUGUUCGUUUAAUGGCGUCUAUCAGCCAAAGGUUAAAGGGAACUUUGUGGUACGUUUCAUUUGCCUGGUGCUUAUUGUGCGGUUCGUCUGUGUAUGUGUGCAAGUAUGUGUAGUUUUGUAGUCAGCAUUUCUUUACAAUUAGAACCACAACUGUGUUGGAAACUAUUCAAGAAAUUACAGGAUAUCGCUUAUCUGAAUUCCCCCAAAUAAUCAUGUUAUGUAUGAUUAAGAGAUAAGUUGAAAAAGAGAUAAGUUGAAAAGUUGAUUGCUAUUAUUGGAUGAACAGGGGAGAGAACUUAGAUAAUAAUGAUUCCCCAGAUAAGAGUUAAAUAAGGAGUUUUCAAGAAAAUAAAUGUUCAUUGGAAGAGGGGUCUUAUUAAGAAAUUUCUGGAAUAACAUGCAGGAUAAUAGCCCGAUUUGUUGUUUCCCAUGUUCUGCUCUAAAGGAAAUUUGGUGAACUAUUGUUUAGAAUCAUGUUUCUAGACAUACACAUGUUUGCGUGUUUACAGUUUUUAUCUCAUUUCGUUUCUGUCCUGCUUUUGUUUUUGUAAAAUAGUAAAUAAAUAAGGGGAUAAAAUAAAACCACAGUUGAGAUCUAACUCUUACCUGCCUUAAUCCAUAGGCCUUUUCUGGAUUUUACUACACAGUCAAUGCUCUGAAUUUAACUGGAGAAUUUUCACUGGCUGAUUUUAAUUCAAGCAUGUGGACAUUAUGUUCACAGAAUUGGAAUCAGGUCUGUAUCAAUCUUCUGAACUCGUAGAAGGGAACUGUUGAGAAAAGUUUGCUAUACUUGUGCAAAACUAAACACUCUCAUUCAUCAAAUGAGGACAAAAUUUAUUUAGGCUGCAUUCCAACGCACACUUUCCUGUGAAUAAUUUCCACUAUUUACCAUGAGACUUACUUCCAAGUAAAUAUGUCUUGCUUUUCAUAAAAUUUAGAUUCAGACUCUGAAACUUGACAACAGAAGCAUGUUCCUAAUGCUGAGAAUUAUCUAGCCAAAUUAUCUAGAGGCAAGUGUUUAAAUGUUGCUGGAUCAUGCUUUUUAUUUUUAUUGUUAGAAUGGUAAAACAAAAAUCUAAUAUUCCUGCAUUGGAGGGGGUUGGACUAGUGUCCCUUCCAGUUCUAUGAUUCUAUUAUUCUCAUACUCAGUUCUAUACAAAUAACUAAAACCAAAAUACUGUUCUCUAGCAGAAGUCUUAACAGGUAUCCUCUAGACAUAUAAUAUAUAUCACUUCAAAACAAGUUGGCACGAUUGCUUCCAGGCAGAUCUCCACAUUUAUAUUGCUUCCUUGCCGUGUUUCUUUCCCUUGACAAACUCAUAUUCAGAGCUAAUUACCGUACACCAAGAGUCUUACCUUGAAUUUUCAGAGUACCAUUUCUUUACCUGCCCUAAUGACCUUGAUCACAAUGGAAGGCCAGAGUAGAAAUUUCCCCAACAAAAUAAAUAUUAAUGUUGAUUUGUUUCUGAGUAACUGUUUUUGUUUUUCAGCUUCCGUACAUGAUACCUAAAUUUGAUGAAAUCUACGCAAAAUCUUACUGCUUUUCAGCUAACUACAUCUAUUACCUGCUUAUACAUGGGUAUAAGUUCAGUGCAGAGACUUGGCCACAGAUUCGCUUUCAGAAGGAAGUAAGUUUAACUCCCAUCCCUCAACCCCCCCUCAAAAGAUAGUGGAAGUCUUGAAAGAUUAAGACUUUGGAAAUCUUAGGGUGGGAGUCUUAAGGGUGGAAGUCUUGAAAGAUGAAAACAAAGUUAGGGACUCAGAGCCAUUGUCAAUAGAUGUUUUGUUAAGUUGUGGGUGAACAUAUCAGACGACACAGCGAUUCUUCAAACAGCUCUUGUCUAUUCACAGGCCAGGACAGAACUGAACUGAAGGGUUCAGUCAGCCUGCUUAUAUAGAGCUCCGUACAAUGUAACCAUAACAAUUUUCUAAAACUAUCCAGUCACUGAACAUCACUUUUGAUCCCUUAUUUGCAUAACUAUCUACAGUAUCCCCCUGCUGGCCCAGGGUGAGAACUUCAGUACAUAACAUGUUUCUUAACUGUUGCAAAAAUUAAAAAUAAAUUUGGAAAACAGUUGACUUUACUGUGAACAGAAUUGCUCCUGCCACUACUUCUUUGGCGAUCACUUGUAGCCGAGUAAGAUUGUCUUCCAUGAGCACGGUCUUAACAGUGAGUCCGUAAGUGACUGUGGAGGCCAAUUCUGGAUCCACACAUCCUUCCACAGUGAGGACAUAGGUUUUCAGGCAGGAGUUGAGGAUUUGCCAAGCGUGCCUUCCUCUUAGCACGUUUCUCCCUUGCGUCCUGAGUUUAAGCAUCUUCAAAGUCCACGACAACUUUGGUAAAGUCCCAGUUGUCGGUGUCUAUACUACGUUUUUAAAAAUUUGCCUUGAGGGAGUCUUUGAACCUCUUUCGUUGUCCACUGGUAUUUCGCUUUCCAUUCUUAAGUUCAGAAUAGAGUAGUUGCUUUGGAAAAAGAUCAUCAGGCAUCCGCACAACAUGACCAGUCCAAUGAAGUUGAUGUUGAAGAAUCAUUGCUUCGACACUGGUGAUCUCUGCUUCUUCCAGAACGCUGACAUUAGUUUGCCUGUCUUCCCAAGUGAUGGGUAAAAUUUUUCCAGCCACUAGGGACAUCGGAAGCUGGCUUACAGAGUCCAAGCUUCUGUCUGCUUAGUUUAGGAUUUAUUAGACUGACUCUCCAGGAUAUGAGUCAGGGUUCUCUCCCAGCCCGAUUCAAAGAUGCUGGGGACCCUCUGCUCUACCACUGAGCUAUGAUGCUCCUCCAGGACUUUGUCAGAUGGCAGAUUGAGGUUUUUUGAAGUGGUGGCUAAGGUUUUUUUUCAAGUAGAGGGAUGCCUUGACCCUUGGCCAACCCUCCAUGGAUUGCACGUUGAAAGGUGCAGUGUGGCAUCAGAGCAGGGGACCCUUGGGAGUGGUCAGUAAAUAUAUAAAGGUAAAGGUAAAGGGACCCCUGACCAUUAGGUCCAGUCAUGGCCGACUCUGGGAUUGCGGCGCUCAUCUCGCUUUAUUGGCCGAGGGAGCCGGCGUACAGCUUCCAGGUCAUGUGGCCAGCAUGACUAAGCCGCUUCUGGCGAACCAGAGCAGUGCACGGAAACGCCGUUUCUCUUCCCGCCGCAGCGGUACCUAUUUAUCUACUUGCACUUUGAGGUGCUUUUGAAUUGCUAGGUUGGCAGGAGCAGGGACCGAGCAACGGGAGCUCACCCCGUUGCGGGGAUUUGAACUGCCGACCUUCUGAUCAGCAAGUCCUAGGCUCUGUGGUUCAACCCACAGUGCCACCCGCGUCCCUAGUAAAUAUAUACCUGUGUGUAUAUUUAUGUGUGUAUAUGAGUGUAUACUAAUGGACAAAUGGGGGACACCAAAACUUUUGGCAUCACCCCAGGGAUCAGUACUUUUUUCUGGAGUUACUUCAGGGUACACAGUGCUGCCACCUUUUUCCAAAUGUUAAAAGUGUGGUGCUUGCCGUUAAGGACUUCCUGGCGGGUGCUGGCACCCUUUUUCUAUUAAAAAAUAAAAACGAGGAAGAAAGCACUGGUAGGAAUCAUAUGUGAGUAGUCAGCAAAUUAAAUUUUAAUUUUAAACAUUGUCUUUGUUUUUUAAAUUGGGCAGAGGGAACAGUGGAGGAGGCUGCACAAAGCCCAUGAACCUGUUGCAAAGGAAAACCAUGAUUUCGCAAUACAUUUGAAGUGGGCCAAUCUGGACUAAAACGUCUAUUUUGCUUUCUUUUGGAAAGCAUCAAAUACCUAUGCUCCUGCUAGCCAAGUAAUCCCUGCCUCCCUGCACAGAAGAUACUGCUCAUCCUGUUAAGUUGUGGGUGAACAUAUCAGACGAUACAGCGAUUCUUCGAACAGCUCUUGUUUAUUCACAGGCCAGGACAGAACUGAACUGAAGGGUUCAGUCAGCCUGCUUAUAUAGAGCUCCGUACAAUGUAACCAUAACAAUUUUCUAAAACUAUCCAGUCACUGAACAUCACUUUUGAUCCCUUAUUUGCAUAACUAUCUACAGUAUCCCCCUGCUGGUCCAGGGUGAGAACUUCAGUACAUAACACAUCCCUCCUGCAGAAAUACCGCUACAUGUGAAGAUCCGACGAAAGAAGCAACACAGUACAUAGGAGAAAUUCAGCAAAAAAUAAUUUUACUCUGCAUUUGGCAACAGAUUACAGAAGCAAAAUAUUAUCACCAGAAAUUAUUACAACGUAUCUUGGCAUUGUUAAAAAAAGUGGCAAGGGGGGCUCAUGAUGCUAUAUUCUGGCAAUCCUAGGAGCAUCGUUGCUCUGUAAAUACUCGUAUUUUUGGCAGAGGAGAUCAUGUUUUGGAAAUCCUUGCUUGACAUUAUUUUGUUUGUUUUAAACGUUAUUAACCAGAGUAUUUUUUUUAGUUGGCAUAUUGACCUUUCAGACAGUCUGAGCUUCAGCUUUGAGCUAGUUCAGAGUCUCAGGCUGAGCAUGUAACAUUAUACAGCAAUAAGAUUCAGGUGCAUGCACCCUCUCAUGUCACAUAUAAAAUCUUCAGUUUGAAUCAGAACCUCUUCACAUGUUCAUUGUUGGAUAAAGAGGUGAUAGUCCCACUUGUGCCAUCUGUCCAUUCCUUUAUUUCUUAGCAAGAGCACUGAGAACAGUGUCUGUGUGCAAAUGCAGAUGGAGUUAACAUGAAAAGAUGCAAUGAAUGGGAAGAGGUGGGAUAAUAAUAAUAAUAAUAAAUUUUUAUUUAUAUCCCGCCCUCCCCAGCCGAAGCCGGGCUCAGGGCGGCUAACAACAAUAAAAUAAUACAAUAUUCUAAAUCAUUUCAUUAUAAAAUUAAUUCAAAUCAAAUUGAUGGCAACCAUUAGACUAGAGUUCUGUGAAGAUUGCCAAAGGAGGGAGUCAGGCUGUGCCCUGGCCAAAGGCCUGGUGGAACAGCUCUGUCUUGCAGGCCCUGCGGAAAGAUGUCAAGUCCCGCAGGGCCCUAGUCUCUUGUGACAGAGCGUUCUACCAGAUUGGAGCCACAGCCGAAAAAGCCCUGGCUCUGUAUACAGUGGUACCUCGGGUUACAUACGCUUCAGGUUAUAUACGCUUCAGGUUACAGACUCCGUUAACCCAGAAAUAUUGCUUCAGGUUAAGAACUUUGCUUCAGGAUGAGAACAGAAAUCGUGCUCCAGCGGCAGGAGGCCCCAUUAGCUAAAGUGGUGCUUCAGGUUAAGAACAGUUUCAGGUUAAGUACGGACCUCCGGAACGAAUUAAGUACUUAACCCGAAGUACCACUGUAUCUGCUGAAGAUUUGCUUCCACAUACAGAUUAUUUGUGAACUGGCCUUUUACUACAUGCACCCAACAUGCUAGUUUUGCUAUUCACAAAUGUAUGAAAAUAUGCUAUUAAUUUCUUAUAGCAACUUUUUUGGUCAUAUUAAAAAACAACAACCCACAGUACAUAGGAAAAGCAGAUCUUCUAUUUUCUAGAAUGGCCCUGAGGUUUAUUAUCUGAAGAGUCUAAUUUGCUGUUCUUUUCCUGUGUUUCAGGUCGAUAACAGCAGCAUAGCUUGGUCGCUAGGCUACAUGCUUAGUCUCACCAACAUGAUUCCGGCAGAGAGCAAUAUGAUCUUGUCCCCCAUGAGCCCCUCCCUGUUUGCUGGGCUGCUUCUCUUUUUCACAGCCGUGGCGUUACUGUGCCUCAUCUUCCUUGUGUAUUCGUGUGUGGUGUCGCGCAUGCGAAAGAACGCCUGUCAUGUCGACCACGUGUUUCCUGUAGAAUAAAUACGCUCGUAACAGAGAGAACAGAA